AUAAUAUUUGAGACACGAAAGAUGUCCUCGCAUAUAUGAUCGUACAAAUGUUUCAUAAUCUAAUUAAGUUGUAUAUUUGAAAGCCAUAUAUGUUGUUUUUUAAUAUAUACAAAUGUAUAGUUGAUAUUAGUUGGUCAGUUAUACUCUGUAAUAUUAUUUAAAUCUAUUAACUCAAAAUAAUAUUCUGGAUUUAUUUAUUGUUAUGAUUAUUUAUGGGCUUAAUAAUGAUUUUGUUUAAUCUGAAACCAUAUAUGCAAUAUAUUUAUUUUUGAUGACACUGCAAUUAAUGCCAUAUCAAUUUAAUGUAAUUUAAUGAUUCUUUACGUAUACGUAUACAUAUAACAUUUUCAAAGAAGUUAUUCAGUUUUAUUUAUUUAUUACAAUAUUACGUAAAUAAGAAAACAAUUCAUGGACAAAUUAUGAUAUUGCACAAAAUGUUAAGUACGGAGAGGAUAAUUAUAGAUUUUGAUUAAGGGGUAUAUUAUAAACAAAUAUAAUAACUUUUUAUAACUUUACAAAUAUAAUAACUUUUUGAGAAAGUUUAUAAUAUAAAUAUAACUACUGAAGAUAUGAAUUGCACUUGUUGAUUGCUUGUUACUUGGUAAUAUUCUUGACGUGGAGUGGGUGCUCUUCACAUCAUGCAUCCAUGCAUUAACGGAAUCCGUAUAUACCUUUUCUGCACAUACACACGCCAACAUGUGUUUAUUUGUGAUAUGCAUUUCUAUUUAUCUCUUUUAUUUUGGUAUUUUAAUAUUCUACUAGAUUUUGACCCGCGCUUUAAAAGCGCGGGGUUAUUUUUUCGAAAUAAUUUCAUACGAAAGCAAUAUAAAAGUUGAUCGAGUAUAGCAUUAUGUGUGUUAAAAAUACUUAUAAUACAAUCAUAUAUUUAAUCGUGUAAAUUUUGUAUGUUCGUAAAAUAAAUAUGAAUUUUAAAGAUGGUAUUUCUAAAAUGUGGGAUUUUAUACUCAUAAUAAACUACUUUGGAAAUAUUUUAAUAGUUUUUAGUUCUAUAAAUUAAAGCUUUAUAUUUUUUUAAAAAACUAUAUGAUUUACAAUUAUAUUAGUUAGGGCUAUGGAAAAAUUCGGAAUCGGAAAAAUUGACUCGAAUCUGAUCCGAUCAGAAAAAGUAGUACCAAAACAGUACUAAAAUUGGUUAAAUAUCCGAACAUGUUCAAAACUUUGGUAUCUAGAGAAUCGGAACUAAAUCCGUUUCAACUUGAAAUAUUUCGGAUAUCUGAAUAUAUCCGAAUCAGAUUUAUAUACUUAAAUAUAUUAAUUAUCCUAAAAUUUAAUAUAUAAAAAUAUUUAGUAUAUAAGAUAUUUUGAAGUUGCCUAAAAUAACUGAAAAUAUAUAUAUUAAAAAUAAUUAUAAAAAUAGCUAAUCAAUAAUCAAAACACCAAUUAUACUUAAAAUAUAAAUUAAUUCUAUUCAAAUAUUCAAGCCAAACCAAUUUAUAUAUUAGGUUUAUGUAUUUUGGCAUACAUUAUUUUAAUUUAUAUUUAAUAUAUUAUUUUAUUUUUAGAUUUUGAGAAAUUUAAAGUAUAUAUGAAUUUAAUUUUUUUAAAAAUAAUUUAUCCGGGCUAUCCAAACCCAAACCGAAUCCGCAAUGAUCCGAACCAAAAUUUAUAAAUACAUGAAUGGGGCUGAUAUGUUUAACUUAGAAUAUCCAAAACCCGAAUAGACAUGAACCAAACGCAAAUGAAUACCCGAAUGUCCACCCGUAUUAUCAGUCUUUUUUUCAAAAAAUAAUUUUUUUCUUAGAACAUUAUUAUUAAUUAACUAAUAUAUACUAACAUCUUUCUACAUUUUAUACUAAUUAAACUUUUGAUUCAAUGAGGUUAAAUUGAUUAUAAUGUGUUUUAUAAUUUGGGUUUGGAUAAAAUAAGAAUGUUAUUAGUAAUGGGCAGUGAAAUGUUCUCUAAUAAUUUUGUUUUCCUACUUGACCCAUCAACAUUUGGUUAAAAUUUGUCAAAUAUUGAUUAACAAUAUAAUCAAUCGAUGGACCAGGAAUAUUUAUAAAGUAAGUCAAUUAGUUUAGGAUGUACACAAUUUUGUAGAUUUGUCAAUUAAUUUUGGGCCCCUAGAUCUUUUGAAAUAUUCCCAAAAUGCUUAAAAGAUAUAUUAAUCGAAUAUGCUGAAAGUUAAUGUUCCGGAUUUUCUAUGUAAGUCACAUAUGCUGAAGUUACUGCAUUUUCCAUAACCACAGGUUAGAUUUUUAGGCAACUUCCGAAAUUGGUGGGUUUAAUUUAUGAGAUGAUUAUUGUAAACAUGGUUUCUACAUGUAUUAUCUAUUAUCGUAUUAAGAAGAUGGUAAUUAUCUGUUACACAUAUCCCAAAAAAUCGAUUACAUUCGAUAUAUUUAAAUAAUUAUAUGAAAUAUAAUUUUUAUUUGAGAAGAAACUAACUCAUACUGAAGCAAUUAAGAAAUCUGUUGAAACCUUGAAAAGUUUACCGUAUUCAUAACAAAAAAGAGUUUGUAAGAAAAAAAGAGUUUGUAAUUGACUUACUAACCGCAACGACGGAGAAGAAAAUGGGCGUUUCUAUUUUUUUUCUCGCUAUAACCUUGAAUACAUUUAGACCAAGACCUGUGUAUCUAUAGUUUUUAAAAACACAAGAGAACCAAAAUAAAUACAAAGACAUUACACCAGAAUGAAACCUCAAAUCAGAAUAAAAAUAAGACCUUGCACUUACUUUGGACCGUCUGACUUGGAAAAGAAACGUUUAACCUUUUAAAAUCCAUAUGUAUACCCUGUCCUGAGCCUUGUCUACUGGAUAUGCAAUAUGCACUGAUGACAAUGUGGAGAGUUGAUAAGAGUUUCUGCAAUAAAUCGUAAACACACAGCAGACAUGGAAGACAACGGUAAAUUUUGAAAUAAAACCCCAAACCAAUUCCAUUAAUUCCAAGCACUUGCAAAUAAAAUGCUAAUUAGAAACCAGGUUCCCCCCUUUUCUUGAAAAGAUAGUCCUUAUUUUUAUAAGCAAUCAAUCUCCUUAUUUAUUCCUAAGAGACUACCAAUAAAUCCAAAGCAGUUGUACACUAACCUCAAUGAUAUGAUAGAGAAUUUCUUGACUCAUUUAUGAAAAUCACCCUUCAUAGAUCUUGACUUGUUUAUGAGAAUUUUCUUGACUCUUUUAUGAAAAUCCCCUUCAUAGAUGAGUUAGUUUUUUUCUUUUGUAUCGUGUGAAGUAUUCAUGGUUAGUUAGGAAUUAUUAAUUGUUGCUUUAUUAAGGGAAAUGCAAAGCAUAAUACGUUGUUUAGUAUUGAUAGAGAAUAUUCUCAUGCUCAAUUCAAAUAAAUAGUAUUAAUAAUUAGUAAUAAAAUAAAAAUGUAAUGUGGUGGUAGUAUUUUUCCCUAGUAUUUUAAUCAUAAACGAAAAUUGACUAUUCUAGCUUUGUUUGUUCAGCUGUAAUGUGAUGCAAUAACUAAGUGGUUCAAUGUAUAUUUAUUUAAGGUAAAUAAUGUCCUACGAUUUGGUGGUGAAUAAUAAUUUCUAUAUAGUUUAAUUAAUAUUAAAAGAUAAUUUCUGGCAUGAAUCUGUAAAAAGAUUACAUGGAAAUAGGAGAUGGUUAUCUGCUAUUUAUGAAAAAAACAAAAAAAAAAUUUAAUUGAAAUCAUAGCUUAAAAAUAAUUCAGUGGCAUGAGAUUGUAAAUAAUUCAAAACUCCAAGGACACCUAAAAAAAGGCCCUUCAGUUUUAAUAGUAUUGAUAUAUAUUUGUAUGAGAAACUAAUAUUAUAUAUAUGUAAGUGAAAUUUCUAUAGUUUUAUGGUGGAAAUAUUCGAUCAUUUUAACAGAUUCUGGAGAUUUUUUACCGGUUCGAUUGAUAUCACUAGAGAAAUAAAUAUUUAUUUACUAUUUUCCAGUACUUAUUGUCUCAAAUCUCUCUUGAAGACAACCAAUUAAAACUUAACACGACUUUAAUAACAGUAUAUCGACAUUUACAAGGAGAGAUACAAACUACAAAUGAUCUCAGAUUAUAUUUUUUUUUAAAUAGAAAAAGUCAUUUAAAGUUAUAAAUAUUUUAUAUAAUUAAAACUACAAGCGUAAUGUAUGUUUUGUGAUAACCUAUCUUGCAAUGUCUAUUUUGAAGUGAUGCCUAGGAGUUGUUAAAAUGCUCUCAUCAAAGUGAAAACUAAUUUAAACAAAAAAAACUAACCAAGCUAUUUGAUAUGUGAUCACACCAAAAAUAAACCGUUAUACGGAGUAAGAAAACGGAAAAUGAAGUGGAACAAACAUAUAUUAUACUAUACAGACUGUCUAAAAAUACACAUUUAUUGUUUCAGAUGGUUACACACACUCUUUCUCUCUCUUUCUAUCUAUCUAAUUGUAUUGUGAUCAGUUUGCCAAGUUGGGCAAAUGGUAAAAGAGAGACAAUAACAGAAGUACUAAAAUUUAAGAGGCUACAAAAAGACAAGUCGAAACAUAUUCACACACUUAAAAAGUUUUUUUUCACAUAUAUUUUUGUUAUAUACGUGUGGUGACUCUCUUUGACUCCUCUCUUCCUAUAUCACUCACUAUUUAUGUAUCCAUCUCUCCACACAUCUCUCUCCAUCUCACACACAUCUUCCUCUUAACACAUUACUAUUUAUUCAUCUCUUCAUUAUCAACACUAACAAAAAUCCUCGUCUCCUGUGUUAAUCUUUAUAUCUUGAUCUUGAUGGAAGCGUUUGAAGAGGCGAUAGCAGCCUCAAAGGAGCAAUCACUGAUCCUUAAAGGAAAGAGGACAAAGCGACAACGUCCACAAUCCCCUGUUCCUUUCUCUAGCUCUCCUCCUAUAGUUUCGUGCCACGCACACGACAUUGAAGAGGAAUACACUGAUCUUGAUUCCAAGGAAAAUGCCUUAGGCAAUAAUGUGGAGAACCACAAGAAGGAUGGUGUUAUCACGUCUUCAUCUUCGUCAGCCUCUUGGUCCUCUAACAACAACCCAACAUUAAAGGCCGAAGAAGACGAGGAAGAUCUAGACAUAGCCAGUUGUUUGAUCCUCCUUUCCCGAGGCCACUCUCUUCCACAGCUCAAGAUACCUAACCACGAAACAACAUACAACAAUAAGACGUAUAAAUUUAGCAGCAGGAGGUUCCUAGAGACUUCUUCAUCUAACGGUGGCGGUAAAGCUGGUUACUAUGUUUAUCAGUGCAAAACAUGUGACCGGACCUUCUCUUCUUUUCAGGCUUUAGGUGGCCAUAGAGCUAGCCACAAAAAACCUAAGGCCACCUCCUUUUACUCCAACCUUGAGCACCUCAAGAAGAACAUAUACGAAAAUGAUUCACUCGCCACAACCACAACUAUUUACAAUAACAACAAGAAUAGAUCGCUUGUCGUGUACGGUAAGGCAGGUAACAACAAGGUUCAUAAAUGUGGAAUCUGUGGAGCCGAGUUUACGUCAGGACAAGCCUUAGGUGGCCACAUGAGACGGCAUAGAGGCGCGGUUGUUGUUGCUCCCACUGUGACGGUGGCCUUAGCUGCAGCCAACACGGAGUUAUCAUUGUCUUCGAUGUCGUUCGAUCAAAUAUCGACAAAGAGAGCUAAGAAGAUGGUGGUGUCAUUGGAUUUGGAUCUGAAUCUACCCGCACUGGAACUGGAAGAUGAGAAUAUGGUCAACGGAUUCAGCUUAGGUUUUAAGCAAAAACAUGAACAAGAACAUCAACAGACAAAGCAAAGAGAUGAACCAAAGUGUCUUGUCUUGUCUCCUCCUACUUCGGUGGAUUGCCAUUACUGAUUUAUUAUUAAUAUAUUAUAAACCAUAAUCUUAAGAAAAAAAAUUGGUUUGUAUAUCAAACGUUUAUUGUUUGUAUAACCGAUUCUUCGCUUGUUAAAGACUUGUGAGAUUCUUUUUUCUGUUUUGUCUUUUUUAAGAGGAAUACUGAAAUUUAAUCACUUUGUUAGUUUCGAUUGUAUAAAAUUGAUAUCAUGUUCAUGUAUACUUUGGAUCAAAAAAAUCUUUAAAAAAAAAACUAAAUUAAGUUCAUGAAAAGGGCAUGACAUGGCUCGAGUCUUGUUGUUUUAUUUCUUCCUCUCUUUUUUGGCAGUUGUACCAAAAGUUCUCUUUUCUAUUUAUAAUAGUUAAUUUGAUAUUCGUGAAUUUUCAACACUUUCUUUUUUUCUUUUUGCUAAAUAAAACUUACAAAUGUUGAUUUGAAACAAUGAGUAUUUAUAUAUAUGGCAGACUUCUUAGCUCGUGGUUUUUAUAUUCGUGAAUUACGACACCAAACCCACAUUUAAUCAUUCGCCUCCUUCAGAUAUAGUACUUUUUAUGUUCUAGUUUUGAAAAUAAAGUAACGGAUCCUUUUGUUUUCUACAGAAACAGAAACAGAUAAGUUAUAGUACAGAAAACCUCUACGAUAUUUUUGGAGAGUAUUAAAAUUAGCUGUAAAAGCUUUUGUUGACCCAAAAAAAAUGAUUUUUUUUUAAAUGACCCAAAAAAAAAGAUAUACAAAUAGUGCAUGCAUUCAUAUAUUUGUGUUUAAGUUAUUGUCUGUAUAUUCAAUUUUAGUAUAUAUUUGGUAUACUAUACAUUGAACUUAGACCAGUUUAUAGUAAAAAGUAACCGCCAUAAGAUAAUCAAGACUAUAAUAGAUCAAAAGAUAAUCAGUGUCCAACAUUACAGGUAGAUUAACAAUAUAUUUAACAUUUCCAACGUUUAUAACAGAAGAGAAAGACAGAUCUUGUAACGCAUAACCUCCAAAGAGAUAUAUACUAAAACUUGUAUAAAUACAUCAAAAUCUCAAAUUUUGAAAAGACCGAAAAAAAAACACAUUCAAAAAUCUUAAACACAAAAUUAAGUAGAAAAUGAAACGUUUCAUAAUUGCUCUAAUUGUUUUAGGGGUUUGUGUUGAAUACACGUUUGGGAAAAACUUGUUUGAGAUCAUAAACAAGUUCCAAAAGAGGACCAAGCUCAGAGUCCAUUGCUAUUCAGGAAACGACGAUCUAGGGGUUCAAUACUUAAUGAAUGGGCAAGAACAACAUUGGAGAUUCAACGAUGCUGUUUUUCAUGCGACAGUCUUUAGAUGUGAGUUAAUGCAUGGAUAUGAAUUCCAGAAUUACCAGAAAUUCGAAGCUUAUAAUUCAAAACGGGAUAACGAUGGGAUUAAGAAAAACGUGACAUGGUUAGCCGUGGAAAGAGGUCUCUACAAGAUUUGGAAUCAUAGGACUCCUGAGUUUAUGUAUCCUUGGUUAUAAAUCAGUUGUCUAAUGUUUAAGCUGUUGCAAGUGAUGAUAAAAUCGAUGUUUGAAGUUCUUGUAACGCUUAUUAAUGUUUUUUCUUUCACACAAAAACAUUCAAGUAAUUUCCUUAUUUUGUUUUUUUUUUUUUGAAUGAAUGUAAAAUUUAUUCAAUCAAAACUGCUAUUACAUCUAGUGCAACUGUUUUUGAUGAUGAAAUCAAUAGAGAAACUCAAAAUAAAAACUACAGCCCUUCAUAUCUAUAUUCUAGAGCCAAACCAAGUACUUAACCCAUCUUCAAGAUACUUCUUCCCCUUCCCUUUGACUGCAAGCAGCUUCAAUCGAAUCAGCUUAUCAACACAUUUGAUCAGCACUCUCUCUUCCUUUGGUUGCUCACCAUGUCUGCGACCAUUCCUCUCCCUCCAUAUACUAUGCACCAGAGCCUGAAAAACAUAUCGAAUAAUGAAUAACUCCGAAGCUGUGAAGCUUGAUCUUGUCCGGGAGAUCACAUUAAGUAUCUCAUUCCAUUCAACCGUAAAUCUCUCCUUCAUAAUCCCUCCAAUAAGCUCCUUCCACACCUUACUUGAGUAGCGACAUUUGAAGAAGAGAUGCCAACAAGUUUCCUGCGCUUCAUCACAUAAUACACAAGACGUAUCCAAUGUAAUAUUCCACUUCUGCAUUCUAUCACAAGUUUGGAGCCUAUUCUUAACUGCAACCCAUAACAUGAAGGAGUAUUUAGGAGUAGAUUGGGGAAACCAAACUCCCUUAAUCCAGUCGCAAACUGGCUGCGCCUGACGCAUAUACAACCAUGUCUUCUUAGUAGAAAACAUACUAGCAAACCGAUUCUCAUCCUGCCUCCAUAAGGGAACAUCAUCAUCAUCAUAUUAAGCCAAUGUAUAAUAAUUACUAGAAAAUUAUUUUUAUUGAAAACAUAUCAUUAAGAUAUAAAUUAACAGCUAUUCAACUAAUUAUAAAAUAAAUUAAAAAAUAACAUUAGUUACACAUAUUUUAAUACAAUUAAAUCUCAUAAAAAUAUUAAAUCAUAUUACAUAUUAAAACAUCAAAAAUUCUCUUAAACAUCAUUUCUUUCGAAAUGAAAAAAAAAUAUUUUAAUUCACUAACAUUUACUAGUUGUCCAGAAACAAAAAAAAAAUCACUAAACAUUUGCUAUGUGCUAUCAUUUGAUAUAAAUUUUCAGUGGUAAUUUAUAAUGUUUUUUCUAAUAUUAAUCUUUAACUGUAUAAAAAAAAACAGCUAAUAAUAGAAGGGGAAUUGGAGCCUAUGGACAUGAAAAAAACCAUAAUACACAUAAUAGCUAUUUUCCCUAACGUUUCUAUACACGGAGUUAUAUAUACAUAUUAAUACUGUAAUACCCUUUAAACUCAACCGGCCAACCUGCUACCAAAAUUAAUUAAAAAAUAAAUUUUUAACUGCAUAAAAAGUAUCUCGUGUCUUACCUCUAUUCACAAUUCCCUUUUCAUUUUUGUUGAUAAUUUUUCGAGGUCGAGUGCUUUCCGGAACCGAUUUGCUCCAAAUCCCCCCCUCUCUACCUUCAAUCGACAUCUUUUCCAUCUUCUUCGUGCUUCCUUUCAAUCGUGUUCGGCGUUUGGUUUCGCGUUAGAGUUCUGCGUUAGAGUUUCAGCGGCGGUUAGUAACACAUCCUUCCUAUCCAACUUCACAAACUCGAUUCUUCUUAGAUCUCUGAAAUUUUUGUAAAUUCUCCCUUGUUUCCGUCGAUUCUCUUCGUUUUUGCUUCCUCUGUGUUUAUUUUCUUCUAUUUGGGCUCAUCUCAUAGUAUACUUAUCUAAUUUAAAACCUCCAUUCCAUUUGGGAUGUAAUAGUAUACUUAUCUAAUUCAUAUAUUCCAUUUAGAAUAGUAUCAUCGUUUCUGUUGCAUACCAUCGAUACCGUUUACAGAAUUAAUCCCUCUCAUCGGGCUUUGCCAAUUUGAUUGAAGGUUUAGAUUUUUACGAGUUGUGUGAGAGUUCCUUUAAUUUGAAUUAUCUUUGUGUCAGUGCUGCAAAAUAAGUAGUGUAGUAAUUUAGGGGAAGAUGUGUAGAAUAUCACAGCUUACAAAUGCUCACUAAGUAGACAUAGUAUGAUAUUUAUAAACUCGAGUCCAUUUGAAAUGAAAUAGUAUUCGUAUCGAAUUGAACUAUUUCACUUAAGGUAGUAUCACUUGCUGUUCUGCUUUUCUUGUCUGGUAUUUCUUUGUUUGUAACGUAUUUAUUGUAUAGUCAUUUUGAUUUAUGCUUUGUGCGUUUGCUCGUUUUGUUUAGUCUGUCAGCCUUUUGAAUUACAUAGAAUAUCAUUGUUUUUCUAGCAUUAUACUUGUUUGUCUCUGUCACUGAUAAAUAUACAAUCUUUUCUAUGGUGAAUGUCAGACCUGGUAGGUAAAUUGACUUCUACAAUUUAAAAUCGGUUGUGUUUCCCUCUGAUGCUCUUCUUCUUUCUUAUCCUUGAAAUUGGGAUUUUGUAUCAGUGAUGGAUAGUACAUAGUGUAAAAAUAGUGAUUAUUUUGUAGAAUAGUAUCUGCACGAGCUGAGUCCACAUAUGUAUAUAGCGCACUUAUUAUGUUUAUAUGUAUAUAGCACACUUAUUGUGGAAUAAUGAUUAUUUUGUGGAAUAGUAUCUGUCACAUGGAAUAUAAGAAAGUUAUACUUUCACAUUAUUCUAUCUUAUAUGAAAUCAUAGUUUUAUAUCUUAUUCAUUUCCAUCUGAUAACUAUACUUAUUCUAUUUUGAGUGCUACCUCAUUUCUAUAUUUAAUAUUAUAAUUCCCACCUCUUAUUUCAUUCUACAGGUUUGGUAUGAACGAGUUAGGCCUUCUAUGUAGAUUGUUAGAGACAUGCUUUGAAUCCACUGGCAAGAAAAGAAUUAACAACUAAUUCAAUCUUCGUUGGACUGAAGUGAUAAAAAAUGCAUUAGAGGAUGAGGACCUGGCGAUGUUGAAUGCAUCACAGUUUGGACAAGUCUUGCAGAUGGGGUCCUAUACCUUCUCUGUUAUGCUUCUUCAUUAUUUUCUUGCACGACAGUUGAUUCUUGAGAAGGACUUCGAACUCUGGUGGCUUUUCGUGGGAAAACCAAUUUGUAAUGCUACAUAAGCUUAGCUUUCGUGGGAAAACCAAUUUGGGGAGAAGGGUUCAUAUCUGAUGUGUAGGCGUUGCUAUUUAUAUACCAUACUAUUUAUAUACUAUACUAUGUAUUAUACUAUGUCUUAACCCAUUGCAUAUUUCAUGUCUCUUGAGGAAUGUAAAUAGAUGACUCAUGUAUUAUGGCAGGUGGAUUUAAUUUGUUGUAGGUUUGGGUUGCCUAUGUAUUACAUUUUAUAUUUCCCUAAUUUGGGUUUAGUGUGUAGUGAGAAGUGUUCUAUUACCAUCCCCGUUAGCUUCGUAUUUCAUGUUACCCAUAAGGCAUGUAAAUACAUACCUCUAGUAUUAUAAGCGGUGGAUUUAAUUACCCGAAGGUUUGGUUUGCCUAUGUUUUGGGGUUUAUAUUUACCUAACUUGGGUUUAGUGUUUAAUGUCAAGUGUUCUAUUACCAUCCCCAUUAGCUUUGUAUUUUAUGUUGCUCAUGAGGACUGUAAAUACAUGUCUCCAGUAUUAUGGAAGGUGGAUUGGGGUUUAUAUUUCUUUAACUUGGGUUUAGUGUUUACUGUCAAGUAUUCUAUUAUCAUUCUAUUAGCCUUCAUAUAAAGAAAACGACGUGGUGAUUUUGUGACCCAUAGUAACAAUAAAAGAAUUUUGGAAGCGCGUGAAAUGAAACGGCAAAAUAGAAGAUAAAGAAACGUAUAUUCUAUACUGAUUGCAAGCGUUCCAUACUAAUUUGGGUAAAAUAGUAUCAUUGUAAAUCCAAUUCUAAUUGAAAGAGCAGCAACACUGAAAAAUUUAGAAAUAAACUAAUGAACUAAAUCACUAAACCCAACUUAGAAAUAGAAACCAUUGACACAAUCAAUGUUUAAACUAAAUAAAGUGAUAGUAGACCGUCUUAUGUUUCUAAGGAUUACAAAGAAGGUUAAUUCUCAUUUAACAACUACUAAUAAAAAAAAUCAAAGUAUACUAUUUUAUUUAGCGGCGAACUAUACCAUAUGCUAAAGUAUAAAUGAGUAAGUUAAUAAUUAUAAAUAUGUCUUAUAGGGUUACGUAUACAAUUGCACAAUCUAUUACGAGAAUGCAUCUAUUCUAUUAAACCCGUACUAUUUAAAAUGGUACUAUGUACACAGUCGAUCCAUGUUUGACCAACAUGAAAUAAAAAACUAAUGGGAUGGUAACAGAAUACUUGACAGUAAACACUAAACCCAAGUUAGGGAAAUAUAAACCCCAAUCUACCUUCCAUAAUACUGGAGACA